AUGUCCCUGGCGUCAGCCUCAACAGCGAACCCCAGCCUCACGGAGCUUGAAGAUCCACCGAUGUGCAGCACUCACAACUGCCAGCUGAUAAACUAUGCCGCGCAAAUGGAAGGAUCAGCCCACGGCCACACCUCUCGAGGUCGGCCCAGCGCCCUACACACCCCCGGACCCGGGCAGCUCGUCGUCCGCAACGCCGCCAUAGGGAUCAACCCCUUCUGCGUCGGCGACUGCGUCCUAGCUAUGGCCGGCCUCAUCCCCUCCAACAACACCACCGAAGGCGCUUUCCAGCUCUAUACCGUCACACGUGAGUGGCUCACCACGCCUCAACCAUCACACAUCAGCUUCGAGCAAGCCUGCGCCUUACCUCUAGCCCUCAUUGUCGCUGGAGUGGGCUUAUCCCGCGUCGUCAUAACCGCAGGUGGUGCGUCCUCCGUCGCUGGCACAGCGGGCCUGGGCGCCACGGAUGUCGUCGAUUACAGCUCCCCGAUCAUGGGAGACAAGCUGCUCGCCGCAAUGCGCUGGCGGCAGCUGACUGGGGGCGGAGAGCCCUGUGAGGCCGAUUUUUAA